AUGAGAGAUUAUGACAGUCGUGUUCUAAAGGAGCUCUGCCGGGGGCUCCAGGCCCUGGAUAUCCCCCUGCUCCCUGGCUCCCCACGCCGGCUGAACCCUCGGGCAAGGGCCAGAAGGGACCUGGGGCCCAAGCCUCACCAUCCCUGUCCUAUUCUCUCUGGCCAGGUCAUCAACAACUACCUGGAUGCCAAUGAGCCAGUGUCUUUGGAGGCCUGUCUGAGCCACACGCACUUCCGUGACAACCAGAGGAAGGUUGACUAUGUGCUCGCCUACCACUACCGAAAACGUGGGGCACACCCUGGCCAUGGUUCUCCUGGCCACUCGCUGGCUAUCGUCUCCAAUGGGGAGAUGGGCAAGGAUCCCCGUGCUGGGGGCCCUGGUGACAUUGAGCUGGGGCCGCUCGAUGCCCUGGAGGAGGAGAAGAAGGAGCAGCGGGAGGAGUUUGAGCACAACCUGAUGGAGGCUGGGCUGGAGCUCGAGAAGGACGUGGAAAGUAAAAGCCAGGGAUCCAUCUUUGUCCGAAUACAUGCCCCGUGGCAGGUGCUGGCCAGAGAAGCAGAAUUCUUGAAGAUCAAAGUUCCCACCAAGAAAGAGAUGUACGAGAUCAAAGCAGAUGGCAGCAUUGCAAAGAAGUUCAAUGAGAUUCUGCAGAAGCUGAGCUCACCCCUGCAGCCCAGAGUCCCAGAGCACAGCAACAACAGGAUGAAAAACCUCUCCUACCCAUUUUCCAGGGAGAAAAUGUACCUGUACAACAUCCAGGAUAAGGAUACCUUCUUUGAUAAUGCCACUCGUAGCCGCAUUGUGCACGAGAUUCUGAAGCGCACAACCUGUUCCCGAGCCAACAACACGAUGGGUAUUAACUCUCUGAUCGCGAACCAUAUCUAUGAGGCUGCCUACCCUCUUCAUGAUGGCGAAUAUGACAGUCCAGGUGAUGACAUGAAUGACAGAAAGCUGCUGUACCAAGAAUGGGCACGUUAUGGAGUGUUUUAUAAGUUUCAACCUAUUGACCUCAUCAGAUCAGAUUACUCAGCUACCAUGUUUCUGGAGAAUUGGAAGAGACUACAGAUGCGACUGGGCUACUUCUGGGACCUGACCGGUAUAGAAGAGGAAGAAGAGCGUGCCCAGGAGCACUCCCGGCCUGAGUAUGAAACCAAGGUUCGAGAGAAAAUGCUAAAGGAGAGUGACAAGUCAGUUGUCCAGAAGUUGGAAACAGAGAGGACUGAGAGCAAUGAUGAGAACGAUGAAGAUAAGCUGGACUGGAAGGAUCGUUUCCCAGGCUACUUGAUGAACUUUGCCUCCAUCUUGUUCAUGAUUGCCCUGACAUUCUCGAUUGUUUUUGGGGUGAUUGUGUAUCGGAUCACAACUGCAGCUGCUCUGUCUCUCAACAAGGCCACACGCUCCAAUGCCCGGGUGACAGUGACAGCGACGGCAGUCAUCAUCAACCUCGUGGUCAUCCUCAUCCUGGACGAGAUCUAUGGCGCUGUGGCCAAGUGGCUCACCAAAAUUGAGGUUCCAAAAACAGAACAGAAUUUUGAGGAGCGCCUGAUACUCAAAGCUUUCUUGCUGAAGUUUGUCAAUGCCUACUCUCCCAUCUUCUAUGUGGCCUUUUUCAAGGGGAGGUUUGUGGGCAGGCCUGGAAGCUACGUCUAUGUGUUCAAUGGUUACCGAAUGGAAGAGUGUGCUCCCGGAGGCUGCCUCAUGGAGCUCUGCAUUCAGCUCAGCAUCAUCAUGUUGGGGAAGCAGCUGAUCCAGAACAACAUCUUUGAGAUUGGAGUCCCGAAGUUAAAGAAACUCUUUCGGAAGCUGAAAGAUGAGACAGAACCUGAAGAAACUGACUCUGCCCACUCAAAACAUCCAGAGCAGUGGGACCUAGACUACAGCUUGGAACCUUACACUGGACUCACUCCAGAGUACAUGGAAAUGAUCAUCCAGUUUGGUUUUGUUACCCUCUUUGUGGCCUCCUUUCCUCUGGCUCCUGUAUUUGCCCUCCUCAACAAUGUCAUCGAAGUGCGGCUUGAUGCAAAGAAAUUUGUUACUGAGCUAAGACGGCCAGAUGCUGUGAGAACCAAAGAUAUCGGAAUUUGGUUUGACAUUCUUUCCGGAAUCGGCAAGUUCUCCGUUAUCAUCAAUGCUUUUGUCAUCGCCGUCACCUCCGACUUCAUUCCCCGCCUUGUGUACCAGUACUUCUAUAGUCACAAUGGGACUCUGCAUGGCUUUGUCAACCACACCCUCUCCUUCUUCAAUGUCAGCCAGCUGAAGGAGGGAACACAGCCAGAAAACUCACAAUUUGGCCAGGAGGUUCAAUUCUGCAGGUUUAAGGAUUACCGAGAGCCACCAUGGGCCCCGAACCCAUAUGAGUUUUCCAAACAGUACUGGUCCGUUCUGUCUGCCCGGCUGGCUUUUGUCAUAAUCUUCCAGAACCUUGUGAUGUUCCUGAGUGUUCUCGUGGACUGGAUGAUCCCAGAUAUCCCCACGGACAUCAGCGACCAGAUCAAGAAAGAGAAGAGCUUGUUGGUGGACUUCUUCCUGAAGGAGGAGCAUGAGAAGCUGAUGCUGAUGGAUGACCCAGCCCCAAGAAGCCAGGCAGGGGAGAAUCGGAGCAGGCGGAGCCGGGCAGCCAGCUCAGCCCCCUCAGGUCGCAGCCAGCUGGGCAGCACAGCGUCCGCUGGUUCUCAGCACACCAACGUCUGA